UUCUGGCGCCUCCGCGAGCGCUGGGGCGCCCCGAGGCAGCGUGUGGCGGGCUCUGGACAGGAGACUCCAGGACCCCGUGCAGCUGCCUCCGUCCUCUGUGCUGGACCCCAUCGCCCCUCCCAGCGCCGCCUCCAGAGCCCUCGCGCCUCUGUGAGAGCAGCGACAAUGGACCAAUCUCUGAUGUCCAUACUGUGGAUCACCUGACUCAGGACAGCCCUGCAAAUCAGGGCAGACAUGUGUGGCAAGUUCUUACCACCAGCAGCAAAAUACCAUCCAACGAGAGAACUGACUUAAUGGAAAAAAGCAAUUUGCACUCAAUUCAUUGUUUGAACCAUAGUAUCAAAAAUGAAAACAAUUCAGCGAUGAUGCCUGAGGACUUUACUAUACAUAGGACCAUGAUGAUCCCUGGUGAGCCUCAUGAAGGGCAUGCUAGAGAGAACGAGGAGGUUUUUAGUAGAAUGAGGGAACCCAUCAAGUAUCCUGAGCACCUUAGUCACCAGGUGAUUCAGAACUUUCAACAGCCUUUUGAAUUUUGUGAACAAGGAAAAGUCGUGAGUGAAGAAAUAGUAUUUACACCUAGAGGAGCCCUUCUGGAAGGGAUUGUCCGUAAAUGCAAUGAGUGCAGGGACACCCGUGAUGAGGUGCCUUUCGUUGUCCGAGACAGAACCCAAGGAAGACAGACUCCCUGCAGUUGUAAUGAAAAGGGGAGAGCUGCGGAGAUGACUCCAGUUCAUUUGAAUCCUCCUAGGUAUCUUGAACAUAAGCAGCAGAAAUGUUGUGAAAGUGGGGCCAGUCUCAGAAAAACAUUUCACACCUAUCCGCGUGAGAGUACCCAGUUAGGAAAGAAUAAUUUGGGAUAUAAGAGAUAUGGUGAAGCGGCCUCUAAAACCUCUGUUCUGACUGAACAUCAGAAAACACAAGCAGACGAUCAACCUGAUGAGUGUGGGGGCACCGCUGAGAUUUCCUUACAGAGGGGAUACCAGAGAAAUCUCACUGCAGUGAAGUUGUUUGGCUCUAACGGUUAUGUGAAAACUUACUCAUGGAAGACUGCCCUCACUUUACAUCCACAGUCUCAAACGGGAGUGAAGUGCUACCCGUGUCAGGUGUGUAAGAAAACUUUCAGGUGGAAACCUGCUUUUAGUGUCCAUCAGAGAACUCAUACAAGGGAGAAACCCUAUGAAUGUCAGGCGUGCAGGAAAGUGUUCUCCUGUAAGUCAGUUCUUGUUCUACAUGAGAGGACUCACACUGGAGAGAAAUGCUAUGAAUGUGAAGGGUGUGGGAAAGCUUUUUCCAGGAAGUCUCACCUUACUGAGCAUCAGAGAAUUCACACUGGAGAGAAGCCUUACGAAUGUCAAGAGUGUAGGAAGACUUUCCUCUGGAAAUCAUCCCUCAGUCUCCAUCAGAGAAUUCACACUGGAGAGAAACUCUAUGAUUGUGAAGGGUGUGGGAAAGCUUUUUCUAGUAAGGCACACCUUAUUAGACAUCAGAGAAUUCACACUGGAGAGAAACCCUAUGAAUGUGAAGGGUGUGGUAAAGCUUUUUCCAGUAAAUAUUACCUCAGUGAGCAUCAGACAAUUCACAGUGGAGAGAAGCCUUAUGAAUGUCAAGAGUGUAGGAAGACUUUCCCCUGGAAAUCAUCCCUCAGUAAACAUCAGAGAAUUCACACUGAAGAGAAGCCUUAUGAAUGCGAGUGUAGGAAGACUUUUCUCUUGAAAUCAAACCUCAAUAAACAUGAGAGAAUUCACACUGGAGAGAAACCCUAUUAUUGUGAAGAGUGUGGGAAAGCUUUUUCUAGGAAGUCAUCCCUCAGUCUCCAUCAGAGAAUUCACACUGGAGAGAAACUCUAUGAUUGUGAAGGGUGUGGGAAAGCUUUUUCUAGUAAGGCACACCUUAUUAGACAUCAGAGAAUUCACACUGGAGAGAAACCCUAUGAAUGUGAAGGGUGUGGGAAAGCUUUUUCCAGUAAGUGUUACCUCAGUGAGCAUCAGAGAAUUCACACUGAAGAGAAGCCUUAUGAAUGCAAGUGUAGGAAGACUUUCAUCUGGAAAUCAUCCCUCAGUAAACAUCAGAGAAUUCACACUGGAGAGAAACCCUAUGAUUGUGAAGGGUGUGGGAAAGCUUUUUCUAGUAAGCCACACCUCAUUACACAUCAGAGAAUUCAUAGUGGAGAGAAAUCCUAUGAGUGUCAAGAAUGUGGGAAGGCUUUCCGCCAGAAAUCAUCCCUCAGUAAACAUCAGAGAAGUCACAGUGGAGAGAAGCCUUAUGAGUGUCAAGAGCGUGGGAAAACUUUUUCCAGUAAGCAAGCUCUCACUGGACAUCAGAGAUGUCACUGGACAAAAUCCCUAUGAUUGUGAAGAGUGGGAAAACUUUUCAGGAAGUCAGCCCUCACUAGGCAUGACAAACUCCACACUGGAAGGAAAUGCUAUGAAUGUCAAGAGUGGACAGGCAGGCCUACCCUGGUGGUGCAGGUGGUUGAGUGCAGUGCUGUGAAGCUGUCCAUGGCCUUUGCGGUGGGAGUUUGAUUCCCUGGCUGGCCAGGAGCAACCCCAUGGUGCGGCAGACCUCUCCUGUCUGGCCCGCUGCGUGUAUUUCAGCAUUGUAUUUCGGUCAGUCUGCCUGUUCUGUUCCCCGCUCUGUCUCUGGUGCAUCUUCUCACCCUUUCACACAUCUGGCCUGUACCCUGGUUCUUGUAUGCUUGAAUAAAUAAAAAUCUUUUAAAAAUAUUCAAAGUUAGGAGCUCAAACCACAUCAUGCAGCUGAGAUCAAUGGGAACUGACAUAGUUUCAAUCUUAAUUGCUUGGAGUUACCUGGUUCACUCUGUUCUCCCAAGUUCAUGCAGUGAUGAUGUCGUUGUUCCUGUUGCCGUUGCUUCUAGUAUCCUCUUAAGUUCCUGGGCGAUGCUAUGCCUGUCCACAGCAGCUGUCUGUCUACAUGGCACACUGCAUGUUGCGUGGGUAAGUGGUCUCUCUGGGUUUUCUAACUUAGUCGUCACGUUCUGUCCAGUACUCUAAGUCUUUGUGGUGCCCCCCGAUGCUGGAAUUGCUCACCACCAAAAUGUCCUCCUCUAGAAGGAAAUGUUGAACUGUGUGCUCUUGGCUAUAGGUUGAGGUCUGCGGCUGUCUUUACCUACCUUUCAUGAUGAAGGUCUUUCGGGGCCUCCCUGGUGGCCUCGGGGUUUAAGUCUCAGCGCUAUUACCUGCUCUGGCCAGGAUUUCAGCCCUAGCUAGGGAGCCGCCCCACAUAUGGCCGCAACAUGCCUCUCCUGUGUCACACGCUGCUCCCGUUAGCCAUGUAUUUCAGUGGUUCUGCCUGUUUGUCACCACACUCAGUAUCUGUUGAAUCUUCUCACCCCCGAACCUCUGGUCUACACCCCAGUUCUACAAAAUAAGGUAAUUUUGUUGGAAGAUUAAUUCUGCAUACAAGAUCUGGGGUGCAAGCCGGAAGUAUGAGGGGGUGAGAGGAUUCUCCACAGAGAGAGUGGGGUGCACAACAGGCGGAUCUACUGAAAUCCACU